AUGAUACAAUUUUUUGGGAAAGCUCUGGUAGAAAAGACUGCAGAGUUGAUGGUAGUAGGUUACAUGGGAAGGAGCGAUAUGGACAGCAUGCAAUCGCUUAAAAGUAAUUGGCAAGAAUUGAGCUGCAAAGCAUCUGACAUAGAAGAAGAAGUGAACAGAGAAGAAAUGUCAGGUAAAAAGAAGAGGAAAAGUGAAGUUGACAAUUGGUUGAAGGGCGUAAAGAAAUUAAAUUCUGAAAUGGGUGCAUUGGAAACAAGAAGAUCAUCUUGGAGGCUUCCACUGAAGGAGGAUCCUGUAGGGAAGCUGCAACUACAGGUGAAAGAACUUAUUGAUCAGAGCCGUCAUUUCAAUGGGCUUGUGCUCGACACUUAUGACAACAUCGGGGAUCCAUGCCUGCCAACCAAAUUGUUCGGAGCAAAGUUCGAGGAAGUUUUGAAGAGAAUUUGGCAGUGCUUGAUGAAUGGUGAUAUAUCGAGCAUUGGGAUUUAUGGGAUGGGUGGAGUUGGUAAGACCACUUUGGCAAAGCACAUCAAGUACCAUCUCUCAGAAAACACCAACUAUCUCGUGCUUUGGGUUACAGUAUCUCAAGAGUUCAGUGUCACUAGUUUGCAGGAUAAGAUUGCCAAUGUAUUAAGCAUCCAUUUAUCAAAUAGGGAUGAGGAAGAAGUAAGGGCAGAUAAAUUGCGUGGGGCAAUCAGGAAAAUGAAGAGAUUAAUAGUACUUGUAUUGGAUGAUGUUUGGCAAGAAUUUUGUUUAGACAGUGUAGGGAUUCCUCUUGAUGCAAGAAAUUGCAGAUUGAUUUUGACUACACGCUCACUAGAAGUGUGCAACAGGAUGCGGUGUCAAAGAAAAUUUGAUUUGAAAACUUUGAACCCAAACGAAGCUUGGGAUUUGUUCAAGUAUAAACUUGGCAGCCAGACCUUGCUUCAUGGAGAUUUGGAAGAUAUUGCCAAGUCCAUUGUGAAAGAGUGUGAUGGUUUGCCUCUUGGUAUUAUCACAGUGGCUGGGAGCAUGAGAGUUGUGAGUGACAUCUGUGAGUGGAAAAUUGCAUUGGAACAAUUGAAAGAAUGUUCGGUGGGAUAUGAUGAGAUGGAACGAGAUGUGUUUCCCAUCCUGGAAUGGAGUUUAAAUCGCUUGAAUGAAUGUCUAAAGCAUUGUUUUUUGUAUUGCUCUCUUUAUCGAGAAGAUAGUGAGAUAAAAAGAAAGGAAUUAAUAUACCUCUUUAUUUGGGCAGAGCUGAUGCCGAAACGGAACUCAAGAUCAGAAGAAUUUGAUCAAGGUCACAUGAUAUUAAACAAACUGAUAAAAGUUUGCUUGCUAGAAGAAACUACAGAUUGCAAAGGGGAUGACUGUGUGAAGAUGCAUGAUUUGGUCAGAGAUAUGGCAUUAAGGAUCACAAAUGGAAACUCCAAACUAAAGAUGAGCAGAGAUGUACCGCAGUUCUUGUUGGGUGGGCCAGCCCAUUUGUGA